AUGUUAAGUUUUUUACGCUCUUCCUUGCUAGGAGCCCGAAAGGCUGCCAGAGCCCGAAAAGAUUCCACCGAAGGAGUCGCGCCGCAAGUCUCAUCGGAGGUCUCGCCAAGCAUUUCACCGCCGGCGCAGGCGGUGGAAACUGCUGCCGGUGCGGCAAAAGCCUUUGACCCGUGGCCUUCAACACCUGUGAGCGCAAGCUGGCCGUCACAGGAGAUCCAGGACUCGGCAGAACAAGCGGAACGUGCGAUCCAGUGGCCAAGCGUGGAGGUCCCACCAACACCUGAAGCUCAGGAGAUCACACAAACGCAGCUGGAGGAGCCCGAAAAGCCUCAGCCGAUCACACUUGAGGUCGCUCCGCAAGUCUCAUCAGAGGUCUCACCAAGCUUUCCGCCGCCGGCGCAGGUUUCAAAGGUGGAGGACGAGGAUGGUGCCCUGGUGGGUUUGAGACAGAAGCCAUGUGAGCGCAAGCUGGCUGUCGCAGGAGAUCCGGGAUUGGAGAUGAGUCGAUAG